AAUAAAUUUAUCUACCAAAAUAAAUUGCAUGUAUACGUAUACAUAUAUCAAAAGAAACCGAUAAUAUAUCGAAAUGUCAUUAAAAAUAAUCCGUUAUGCCGCGGCAGAGCGGCAGAACGGCAGAGCGACAGAGAGAACGGCAAGAAUUUUGAAAUGCUCCCUUAGGAAAAUGUUCCCUUUAUCUGGGUUAGCCCCAGCCCAAGAAAUAUACUUUUUUUAAGUGAAAUGGAAGAUGUUCACAUCUCUCAACCUACAUGUCAGAUUUUCUUCAAUUGGUUCACCUAAUACUAGUAAUAAAUAAUGCAAGUAUUAAAGUUUCUUUAUAUAAAGUUUGGGAAAUCUCUAUAAAGAUCAGCUGUUUCUUAACUAUUUUCCAAAAGUCAAUAAUAUACUAUAAAUAAUCCUUUUUCGGAUGAGCCAGCUUUGUGCGAUGUUUCGAUGUCCUGCCUCAGAUUUCGAAAUAUUCUUAUAAAUAUCAAAUAUGAAUUGUUAUACGACUCGAUACGUGCUGCAGAAACUAGCACAAAUAAAAUAAAUGAGGUUGUAAAAAUAGUAGCAGAGGCUUCGUGGAAUUAUUCAGCCAUGAAAUAUGAGUUAGAUUCUUACACUGUGUAACCAAAACGUGAACAUGUGGUUACGAGUUUACCGGUAAAAAACGAAUUAUGCCAUCUUGCAUAUGAAAAAAGAUUAAGAAAAGAGUUCCAGUUUCGUUCUUCUGAAUAGAAGCCACAGUCAGUUCUCAAAAUUUAUAAGAAGUAGAAUUGUCACAUACAGAUAUUCAGCAUACAGAUAUAACGUAUACAAGCUUAUGUUAUAUCAUCGACGCCGCUACAGCUGUAACUGUUUAUUUUGUUGUUUCAAUUAAAGAUAAUACUAAAAAUCUCAUUGAAUCAAACACUGAGCACUGAUUAAUUGUGCUCGAAAAUGUUUUCUAAAUGAUUACCAUGAGAGCGGACAGUAACUUUAAAUAAUCAACCAUUCGAAAAGGAAGUCGGUUGAAUAUAAAAAGUUAUUGUUUACUUUUACUUCGAUAAACGUGACUAAUCCUUUGGAUUCUAGAUGUAAGGACACAAAUUUCAACUUUUUGUACGACGUAACCGGUGACCUUUAUGCAAACGACCUAUAAGCUGCUCCUUCGAACACGAGAGAUAUAUACUCUGCGAAAAUACUAGGUAGUCAUAAAAAGAAAAGAAAACUCUUGCUUUCAUAUAAAGUACACUAGUGGCUCAAUUUAAAAUUCUCAAAAGAAAAUAGAACUUUUUUCCCGUUCAACGUUUAUAUACACAUAACUUAAUCUCAUUAAAUGACUUAUCCUUGAGAUUAAUACAUUCUGUUGACCAAUCAAGGACAGAACAUAGAACCGAAUUAAUAUACAGUUCAUAAACUAAUUUAACUAUCCUUCUAAUGAGCUUAUCAAUGAAAGGUAUAAAAAUGGCACACAAUCCUCAUCUAAAUCACACUACAACCUCAAUUAUUAUUCAACUCAUUCUUCAUCUUCUACAAUGGACCAAAAGAAGAAGCAAUUAUCGUUCAUACCAAAGUUCUUAUCAAAAUUAUUCGUUAAGAAAUCAAAGAUCGCAUGUCAUUGUAACACAGUAGCAGAACAAGUCUUGGUAAGUUACACACAAUACUUUGUCGAUGGAAGCUAGAGAGUUAAAAGGAUUAGAACAGAAGAAAAGAUUGCUCGAAAAAGUGGCAGACAGAAGUUUCUUUAUAUGUCCACUUUAUUUUGUGCUUGCCGUUUAGAACAAUCGGAUCGUAUGUACAAGAGUGUAUUAUUUUUUCUACUUUUAAGAAAUAACUAAAUUUCGUCAUUUGAACUUUCUGUUUGUUUUCUUUAGAAACCAUCAGUUGAAGAGAUUUCAUUUCCUACAUUUCAACUAAUAUUUCCUCAAACAUCCGGCACUGAACGUCUUCCUCGUUUAUCAAAAAUUCUCUAUUCAAAAGUUGAUGCUGAACAUGGUGUAUCGUAUAUCAGUGAAAUCGCAGAUAGUGAUUACUCAAGCUUCUUGUCGUCGUCAAAUAUGUUUGAAAGUGAUUAUAAUUUAUCGUUACUUAAUGUUAGUCAAGACAAUUUUGAAUCACAUGUUCGAGUCCGAAAAGAGCUGAAAGAUCCAAAAUUUCAUUCGACUCGAAUUCAUCGCUCACAUUCGUGUAAUGAUCGGCCGGCCACGAAACACUGA